UUCUAUGCAACAUCCACAUUGCUGGGAUCAAGAACAGGAAUGUAGAAGCUGGAAUGAUUCAGAUUCUUUGAUGUUUGAUGAAUAUCAGUGUAGACAUCUAGACCAAUGGCUGGAGAGCUCUACAACACCAGAACAUUCUAGGCCUCUUUCUAUGUGCCCCAGCUGGGAAGGUGGAAUUGAACAAGGCAAAACAAUGAGGACAUCAAAUAAAAAAAUGGCAAGUUCUGUUUCAAAUGAUUCUGCUAAUCCAGCUGAAAGGGAAACAGAUGAAGUGGUUCUAAGGAGAAGACAAAAACAGAUCAAUUUUGGAAAGAAUACCCUUGCAUAUGACAGAUAUAUUAAAGAAGUUCCAAAGAAUCAGCGCAUACCAGGAGUUCAUCCUAGAACUCCCAACAAAUUUAAGAAGUACAGCCGUAGAUCCUGGGACCAGCAAAUCAGGCUGUGGAAGAUAGCAUUGCAUGCCUGGGAUCCUCCUACUGAAGAAACCUGGGACCUGCAGCCAGUUAGUACAGAACCCUCAGGCAGUUCCCAGGAACGGUUCUGCAAAGAUCAGAAUGUUUCUGGCUCCUUUGUAUUUGAUGAAAAGCAGAAGAGAAAUGAGUGUGAAGAUGAAUGCAGACAGACUGACUACACAUCAGAGAGUCCCUGUUCUCCCGAUUCUUCUCCAGUAUGGAAACGCAGAAAAAGAAACAAUUCUGACUCCUCUGUAGCUUCAAAGAGCAAAGACCAUUAUGUGCAUAUGUACCACACACUGGAAAGUCUUACUGAAUCGGGACAUCAGGAGGCUUUUUCGAAGUGCUCAGAGUGGGAAGUCUUUGGUGAAAAUGAUGAAGUAAUGACAGUACAACAUGGUAUAGAAAUAACAAG